AUGAAAUCCCCGAGCCAAGGAAUUGAUCUGCCAUGCGCAUCGCCGGACACCUGCAGAGGACCGCAUUCUAACCUCGUGUUGGUUAGUUUCAUCUUUUUGAGUCUUCCAAAUCCCCCUCUCACAUCCGUCGGCCAUUCUUCGCUAUGUCCAGAUCCAAAGGAGCUGAGAGAGAAAGAGCACCGUAUGACGAUGCUAAUAUAUGUCGAGAGUUUUAUGACUAACUACGGUUUUAGUUCAUCCAAUAUGCAACACGACAAAGUUAUCAAGGAGUCGGCCAUGGCUUGGGACGGGCAACCUGUUGUCUUGAUUGAUACCCCUGGCUUUGAUGAUACAUACAAAUCUGAUGUCGAAAUCCUUGGUAUAGGAGAAGAUAGGGAAAUGCAGCUCAAGUCAGAAUUUUGGAACGACAUGAUAGACAAAGGAUGCAGUGUUAGCCGAUUUGGGGAUUCCUACGAUUCUGCUUGGGAUAUUCUCGCUCCUACCAAUGCUAAACCACAGGUUCUACUUUCAGAUGAGAUCGCGGAACAGCAUAAAAAGCUCAAAGAGACCGAGGUUGGCGUUACCCUCAGUAAACAGCUUCAGAGACUGUCCAAAGAUCAACGAGAUGCGAACCGUAGGCUCAAAGGGCUAGCUAGAAGGCAGAAAAACCCGAAGAUGGCAAAGGAGCUAUCAGAUCAAGCAGCAGAGGUCGAAGGUGGACUCAGUCAAACUCUCGAGCAGAUGCGCGCUUUAAAGUUGUCUUUUACGACCAAGGGUUCCAGAAGCAACCUAAAGCAGGCCCUCUUCGUCGUAUCCAACCCUUCUAUAUCGAAAGCAAACCGGACCCAGGAAGGCAGGAGAAUAGACAGCCAAUCACUUGUCACCCUCUCCUCAUGUCCCAUAGCCACAAGUGUCCUUGUUCAAGGGAUCAGGACCGAAAUAUCCAUCGAAAUAUUCUACACCAUGUUCAGAAAUAAGCAAUCCAAGGACCGAAUCAUUGUGUACGUCCCGCGGCCCUCAAUAUCUACAAAAUAUGCUCAUAUGGACAUGCAGCGUUAUGGGAGCUUAUGGAGCGGGGAAAACUACGGUAAUACCACAACCACCUACAGAUAUCUAAAUCUCAGGGAGUCGGUCAUGGUUUGCACCCUUGCACAAAAGAAGUCGAGUUCACCACAGCCGAUUCCACUGACGGUCGAAGUAUUGUCCUCGUCGAUACCCCAGUCCCUUUGGCCUAACGCAGUUGAUUUGAAACCUAAUCGUGGAAGCAGUUAUAAAAAGGAAAUCCAUAUUGAACGUAUCCUCUAUCUGCACAAGAUCUCUGAUAACCGAAUGGCUGGUCCCUCACUCCAGAAUCUCGAGUUGUUUGCGAGUAUCUGCCGUCAGCGUCAAGUACCCAAUGUUACCUUUGUGACGACGAUGUGGAGUCAAGUUAAUGAAGAACUGGGACGUCGACGCGAGAAGCAAUUGUGCGAGGACUUUUGGAAAGAGCUGAUGGAUAAAGGCAGCGAGGUGGUGCGGUUCAAAGAUUCGUAUGAAUCUGCCUUGGAGAUUCUUGGUUGUAGUCCCGAGGAGAUCAAAGCUCGAAUUCUGCUUUCAACGGAGAAGAGCCAUGAGCACAAGCACAAAUGGUUGCUUUCCUUCUCCAAACUCACUCUUAGACGAUCACGUACAGCCGCUCGGUAUGCCUGCGUAUUGCAUCGAGAUUGGAUCUACUCUAACGGGUGUUUAACCGACCGUCCAAAACCGCAGUCCCUUUUAGAAGCCACCGCUUUUCCUCGCCUAUUAGGUUGGUCGCCACCAAAGAAUUGGACUGACAUGCAUAUCAAAUCAAUCCUGCCACGAACAUCCCGCAUGGAGGCUGCAAACGACCUCUGGCCUCAUGUCAUUGACUUUAUAGUCUUCCCGGCAUAUCUCGCCCUCCCGUCGACAACUUAUCCGCUAUGUCUGGACCCACUGAAAGUAUCAUUGUGCGACAGGCGCAACGGCAAUUAUAACCUCGCAGCUAUCCUGUACUUGCACCGAAUUUCGGAUAAUCGCAUGGCUGGGUCGCCAUUGAAGAAUCUCGAACUAUUCGCAAGUUUAUGCGGAAGGAGCGCCAUGCCCCAUGUGGUCCUCGUAACGACGAUGUGGAGCCAUGUUAGUGAAAAAGUCGGAGCGGAGCGAGAGGAACAGCUGAAGACGAGCUUCUGGCAUGAUAUGAUGGAGAAAGGGUGCUCAGUUCGACGAUUCGAGGACACCCAUAAGAGUGCCUGGGACAUCAUCAAGUUUGCCUCUUCAAAAUCCUCCAAUGACCCACAAACCAACGUAUUGAUUUCAACCGAGCUAGUCGAUCGCCACAAGAAACUCAAGGAGACCCAAGCUGGGACUACCCUCAAUAAGCAGCUGGAGAAGUUGAUCAAGGAUCAAAAGGAAGCAAAUAAGAGACUGAGGACGCUGGCUAAUAGCCAGGGUAAUCAAAAAACGAAGCAGGAAUUGACAAAGCGGGUAGAAGAAUUAGAGGGGAAAAUCACGCAGACUACGCAAAAGAUGCGCGAGCUCAAGCUACCGAUCGCGAAAAGGUUGCUCAGACUUUUCAGUCGAAAUUCUCCUGUCUCUCCCUCUGACUCCGACGCAAGUCUAGUGUUGGCGGAACAGGUCAGCACAGAGGUGCUCGCCUCGACACAGAACCGACAUUGUGAGAAGGCGUUAAUCUAUUCCAGUUGUUUCCGUAUUCGGUUGUACUUGCUCAUUCAUAUUCUUACCAAGCUGGGUUAUGGACCACCUCGCGCAUCUACCGCGCCACAAAAAGCUAGGAUGAAGCAGAGUGGUUUCGGUGCCUCCAUAACCCCUAUUCCAUUCGUAUCACCGUGGGCAUCUGUCUCAACCCUUAACCGCGCUGUGUUUGACAUGAGGUUUGGGA